GAGGAGGAGAAGGAGAGAACGGUAACAACGAGGGAAGAAGAGAGAGAGAGAGAAAGAGAAGGAGACGCGCGCCGCGUUCAUAUUCGCGUCGUGGCGGUGGCCGUAUCGAGAGCGCAGCCGAUUGUUCGCGUCGUCCUCGCCGUCGCCGUCGUUCACAUACACAGAUUAUCUCACCGCGGAGACGAGCGCCGAGUAACUCAUCAUCAUCGUCGUCAUCGUCGUUGUCGUCGUCGUUGUCGUCGCGGUGAUCGAGACGAGUCUUCGUCGUGUCGUGUGCAGUGCUGCUGGAGGGCGAGAAGGGUGCGAGAGAGAGAGAGAGAGAGAGGGAGAGAGAGAAAGAUAGAGAGGAGGUGGUGCUAAACGGCGUCGUUCUUUCCCCGCCGCCCCCUGUUGCGGUCAACCCUGUUGCUGGCGUCGCGUCGCGCCUACCUCUGAAGUCGGGCUUUCUGUUUUGUUUGUGUUCCUGUCCUCCGCACGGGGUGCACGCGCGAGGAGGAGGCGGUGGUGCAGCGGAGGCCGACGCCAGGUAUCCCAGCUCGGCGCGUGUCCCGACUGCAGCGGGGAAUAUUGUAUUACGAUGAUCAGUGACACGUGCGGAUACGUUCUCUUCCUGCUGCUGCUGCUGCUGGUCCCGUACAUCGAGAGCGCUCGUCGACUGAACGAGUACAUUCGCCACUACGAAACGCUGUCAUAUCCUGUCGAGGAAGUCCAUCGAAGUCACCUGAGGGCGAAGAGGUCGAUCAACCGCGACAGUACCGUGACGUUAAAGUUUCGCGCGCACGGCAAGGACUUCCACAUUCGAUUAAAGCGGGACUCGACCACCUUUAGCAACAAUUUAAUUAUUGAAGGCUCUACGGGGGAGAGACAGUACAACUCCGACGUCUCUCACGUUUAUCAGGGCAACCUAGUCGGCGAACCUGGUAGCCACGUGUUCGGAAGUGUUAGUGAUGGAGUCUUCCACGGGAAGAUAGUAUCACCGAAAAGUGGUGCGUGGUACGUGGAAAGGGCGCAUUACUAUUUUCCGCCACAUGAGAUAAACGAGACAUUGCAUUCUUUGAUCUAUCAUGAGAAUGAUGUCGGUGAUCCGUACUUGGACGUUCGACAAGGUGAUGGCGGUGGAUGUGGUAUUACUAAUAGUGAUGUGAUAGAAUGGAUGGAAAGCGUGCAGAAUUCUGCUGCACCGGAUGAACCGCCUAAAACGGUCCCAUCGUCAAAUCAGAAGGAGCCAAAACCAAAUGUCGCACCCUGGAACGGGGAGGCUCCUGGUCACAAAUAUAGUAGAGAAGCUAAUGAACCUAGCCAUCGCAGGCCACGAAGAGCGACUAGGUCGAAAGAAAACAACACCUGCUCGCUUUUCAUCCAAACGGAUCCUCUUAUAUGGAGGCAUAUCUCCGAACAGCUGCAUCAUGACGCGGAAAAAACCAGAGAAGAAAUAUUGUCCUUGAUCGCACACCACGUCACCGCCGUGAAUUAUAUCUAUAGGGACACGAAAUUCGAUGGCAGGACGGAGCACAGAAACAUCAAGUUCGAGGUUCAACGAAUAAAGAUCGAUGACGAGACGGCGUGCACGCCUCAACAGCCGUACAGCGAACCCAAUCCCUUCUGUUUAGAGAACAUCGACGUUAGCAACUUCCUCAAUCUCCAUUCUCUCUCGAAUCAUGAGGACUUUUGUCUCGCCUACGUUUUUACUUACAGGGAUUUUACCGGUGGUACACUCGGACUCGCCUGGGUUGCUUCCGCGUCCGGCGCGUCCGGCGGUAUCUGUGAGAAGUUCAAGACUUAUACCGAAACUGUGUCCGGUCUAUAUCAAUCCACUAAGAGAUCCCUCAAUACUGGUAUCAUAACUUUCGUGAAUUACAACAGCCGUGUACCGCCUAAAGUAUCGCAACUGACUCUGGCGCAUGAGAUAGGUCAUAACUUCGGAUCACCGCACGAUUUUCCGCCGGAAUGCAGACCAGGAGGCUUGGAUGGUAAUUACAUUAUGUUCGCCUCGGCGACGAGCGGAAAUCGACCGAACAACAGCAAGUUUUCAAAGUGCAGCAUUGGCAAUAUCAGCAACGUCCUAGAUGCUAUCGAGGAUAAUAAGAAGAGGAACUGUUUCACUGGAGCGUUUUGCGGGAAUAAAAUUGUCGAGGCUGGCGAGGAGUGUGAUUGCGGAUACGAUGACGACGAGUGCGUGGACAAGUGCUGCUAUCCUAGACAGGUGUCUGAGCUGGAUAAGAUUAAGAACGACACGGCGAAAGGUUGCAAUAGAAAAUAUGGGACACAAUGCAGUCCUAGUCAAGGACCCUGUUGUUCGAGUGAAACGUGCCAGUUUGUGCCCCUCUCUCAUCGAAUCCAAUGUAGAGCCGAAUCAGACUGUAGUUACAAUUCUACAUGCAGUGGGAGGUCCUCCGAAUGCCCAGCGCCGCUACCGAAAGCCAACAAGACUAGAUGCAAUGAGGGCACUCAAUUAUGCAUCAAUGGGGAAUGCACAGGAUCUAUUUGUCUGGAGUGGAAUCUGACGGAGUGCUUUUUAACGAGCAGCAUCAUACCAAACAUCGAUAAGCGAAAACUGUGCGAAUUAGCCUGUCAAAAUGGAACUGAUGCAUCAACAUGUCGCGGGACAAGCGAGUUUGCGCACAUGGUGGGAUUGCCCGAGGGUGGAAUGAGUCUUAGACCUGGUUCACCUUGCGAUAAUUUUCAGGGUUACUGCGAUGUUUUCUUAAAAUGCCGAGCUGUCGAUACGGAAGGACCGCUUGCGAGAUUGAAAAACUUGUUGUUCAAUAAAGAAACGUUAUCGUCGGUAGCACAAUGGAUAACUGAAUUUUGGUGGGCAGUAUUAUUAAUGGGUAUAGCUUUCAUCAUUUUCAUGGGACUGUUUAUCAAGUGUUGCGCAGUGCACAUUCCUUCCACUAAUCCUAAAAAGCCGCCUGCGAGGCGCAUCAGUGAUACAUUGACAAGACCGAUGAAUACUCUUAGAAGAAUGCGACAUCCGCACGCUGGUGGUGGACCUGGGCCAAGAAGUAUACCUCCGAGACCAAGUCAAGGUGGUCACGGAACACGUGGACCCUCUCAUGGAUAUGGAGAGGGUAGAGGUGCUCAAUAUUAUCCAAAAGGAUAUCGCUCGGUUCCCACAGCUAGUGCGCCACCAAGUAGCGGGUCAGCAGACAAUUACGGCCGUUCCAAUCACCCAGAACUGUAUGCCGGCGCCUAUUCGGGCUCCGGGGGAGGGGGGAGGAGCGCAGCAUAUGAGAUGAGGCAUCACAACAAGGUGUGACGAUCCUAGGACGUCGUCACGGACGAGGACCACCAAUCGCGGCGUUGCACCACGAGCCGUUGUGUAGAAGGAUUGCCAAAUGGGAAGAAAACCGAUCCACUCUCCAAGGGAUGCGACGAUGUCUCUUAACCGAGGUCGAAGCAAUAAUGACGAGCAGUUACAAUGAUCGAACAGAUUGAGAGGUCCAGCGAUAUGCUCUUUUACCUGAGUUGCAUAGAAUUCGCGUGAAGAGCCGCGCGUAGAUACAAAGAAAGUAUGUAUUUAUGAUCAAAUCGAUCUCUCAUUUUGUAUCGGUUUGGUAGACGUAAUUUCGUGGAAAUGUAAACGAACGACGACUCGGAAGAUUGAUUUGACCGGAGCCACGAUAAUAAAAUAAUGGAGUAUAUAGCGAAAAUCGUGAGCACCGAGAAUUUUAUAUAUGUAAUCUUUUUUAUGUAGCACCAAUACGAUCUUUCGCGUCGCCGUUUAAAGAACUCGUCGUAUGAUCAAAUUUUAGAAUGGCUUCGCCAGUGAAGGUGAUAUUGUUAUAUGAUCAAAGUAAUUUAAAUCGAUCCAACGUGUGAUUCAUUUUGCUUUAGUGAUCGACGCUGUAUUCGCAAAGCGACGAACGCGGCAAUGUUAAGAAAAAAACGUCACAUCUUCACCAUUACGAAGAUUUAAAGCCAAGAUCGUACGGUCUUUGUGUGACGGCGUCCUUCGAGAUGUCGAUACUUGUGCAUGUCGCUCUCGAAAGUUAGAUUAGUGGAAAAUCUCUAAAAUCCUGUUUGUUAGAGAUUAAAAUUUAGUGGGAAAUUGGCAAUAAGACAAUAUAUGUAUGUCCUUUGGUAAACGGCGCAUACUUAUGUGUUUUCCAAAGGCAACUAUUCUAUUCUUAUUCCGUUUAUCGACAAGUAUAAAGUGAAAAAUCUUUUCUUUUUAUUAGAUCAGAAUGUUAUAAAACGAUAAAUAAUUUUAUUUUAUUUUAAAACUUGAUACAGCAGAUAUACAAGAUUCUUGCAAUAUGGGCAAGAAAAUUGAGACUGUCGUGUAUAAAGUAUCAUCAUUCAUAUGCAUUGUCUUUUUUUUAUCUACAAUUUUAAUAACUAAAAUAUUUUUUAAAUGGCUUUCUGGAGCGAAAUGGCACCUUACCAUUACCAAAUCACAUCACAGGUCAUUUACUUGAUCUCUGUACCAUUGUAGAAUAAUAAUUAAUGAUAUGUAUUAUUCUUAUACUAAUUUGUAUUAGCCAAUUUUAAAGCGAAGUUAUGCGAGAUUACGAAGGAUAUAAGAGCAGCAACAACAAAAUGAUGGGUUUCUAUAGCGAUAUUCCAUUAAUUAUUAUACAUGAUUGAAGAUGAUAUUAUUAUUAAGCUAUGCUGAUUAUUAUUAUUAAUUAGUUAUAUCUUGCAGUUGAUAAUUUAUCUCCGCCUAUAUUGCGAAUGUUAUAAGUUAAUAUUUAAUUAAAAACGAGUUUUAUAACAUGCUAUAUUAAGUCGGGGGCUGCACCGUAAACACGCAGUUAUGCGUAUAGCGGACCAAAGAUGAGCCCUCUUAUCGAAACGU